AUGGGUAAAAUCUCUGUGAGCGACGGCAAAAACAAGCCCCACCAGGACUCCUUGUACAAGGAGUUGACCACAGACAGGGGCCACCUUAGAACCAAAACCUCGAAGAAGAAAGCGAAGCUCAACAGGAAAGACGAUGACGAGUUAAACCAGGGGUUCAUUGACGCCACGCAGUCGCGCAAGAUUCUCCAGUUGGCAAAGGAGCAGCAGGAGGAGGUGGAGGAAGAGGAGAACGACACCUCUGUCCAGCCAAAGCCCGCGUUUGGUGCCAGUUUCUUGGAGAGAGAAGAGUCUUCGGACGAGGAGGACUACGAAAACAUCUCCGAUUUCGGCGGUUCGGACGAUGAAUACGAAGUGGAUGAGGAAGAAGUUGAGAUCGACGAAAAGGACGCUGCCAUGUUCGAUUCCUACUUCCAGAAUAACCAGCAGUUUGACGGGCUCGGUGGUGCGUACAACUUGGCCGAUAAGAUCAUGGCCAAGAUCCAGGCAAAGGAGGCUGGCGCCAGCGCGCCAGCGCCAAUGGAAAGACCAACCGACCGGGUUUUAUUGCCGCCAAAGGUCAUUAGAGCAUACGAGACCGUCGGCCAGAUCUUGGCAUCGUGGACCCACGGAAAGUUGCCAAAGUUGUUCAAAGUUAUUCCGUCAUUGAACAACUGGCAGGACGUUUUGUUCGUGACCAAUCCCGACAAAUGGACCCCGCAUGUGUGCUAUGAGGCCACCAAGUUGUUUGUUUCCAACUUGCAGGCCCGUGAGGCCGAAAAGUUUAUCGAAACCGUUCUUUUGGAGCGAUUCAGAACCGACAUCGAGGAAAGCGAGACCCAUUCGUUGAACUACCACUUGUACCGUGCCGUUAAGAAGUCGUUGUAUAAGCCGGGUGCCUUCUUUAAGGGCUUUCUCUUUCCAUUGGUUGAGGGCGGCUGUUCCGUCAGAGAGGCCACCAUUGCCGGGUCUGUGCUCGCCAAGGUUUCCAUCCCAGCCUUGCAUUCGUCCGUUGCAUUGUCCUACUUGAUCAAGCAGGAGUUUUCCCCGGCUGGGACUGUUUUUAUUCGUAUUUUGUUGGAAAAGAAGUAUGCCUUGCCGUACCAGACUGUCGAUGACGUUGUUUUUUACUUCAUGAACUUCAGAAAGGCGGCCCAGAACAACACCUACGAUGAGAUGAUUAUGGAAGAGGAGGUUGAUGCCAAAACUAUGCCGUCGUUACCGGUUGUCUGGCACAAGGCCUUCCUUGCCUUUGCUCAGAGAUACAAGAACGAUAUCACGGAUGAUCAGAGAGAUUUCCUCUUGGAAACCGUGAGACAGAGAUUCCACAGGGACAUCGGCCCGGAGAUUAGAAGGGAGUUGCUUGCGGGUAAGCCGAGAUUGUCCGGCGGUGAGAAGGAGCCGGAGAUGGUGGACGCCUACUAA